GGGCGUCCGGCGGUCUCAGACAGCGCCGCGCGAUGGGGCCGGCCCGGGGCGGGCGCGUCCGCCGCAGCAUGGCGCCGCCGCCCUCGCCCUCGCCCUCCUGCUCCUCCUCCGCCGCCCGCCCGAGCCGCCGCUGAGCCGGGCCGGGCCGGGCCGCGCUAGCGCCGCUCCCAUGUCGGCGGGGCUGAGCCGCGCGGCGCUGCUGCUGCUGGGGCGGCCGCCGGCCGCGGGCGCCGUGCUGCUGCCGGGCUCGUGGCGCCGCCCGGGCGCCCUCCUGCCGCGGGCCGCGGCGCCGGGCCGGGCGCUGGGCACCCACCCCAAGAAGGAGCCGAUGGAGGCGCUGAACACGGCGCAGGGCGCGCGGGACUUCAUCUACAGCCUGCACGCCAGCGAGCGCAGCUGCCUGCUCCGCGAGCUGCACCGCUUCGAGUCCAUCGCCAUCGCGCAGGAGAAGUUGGAAGUUGCACCACCAUCUACAGGACAGCUGAAGCACGUGUUCUUCCACAAUGCAUUACCUUUUGUGGGGUUUGGAUUUUUGGAUAAUGCAAUUAUGAUUGCUGCGGGAACCCAAAUAGAACUAUCUAUUGGAGUUGUCCUAGGAAUUUCAACUAUGGCAGCUGCUGCUUUGGGAAAUCUUGUUUCAGAUUUAGCUGGACUGGGUCUUGCAGGUUAUGUGGAAGCUUUAGCUUCAAGAAUGGGCCUAUCAAUUCCUGAUCUAACACCCAAACAAGCUGAUAUGUGGCAAACACGGCUCAGCGCACACUUGGGUAAAGCUAUUGGAGUAACCAUUGGCUGCCUUUUAGGAAUGUUUCCUUUGUUUUUCUUUGGAGACGAAGAAGAAAAACUGGAAGAGAAAAAAUAACCUUUUUACAAAACAUAUAAAAAUGUAAACUAAUGUACCUCAAUUACUCAAUUAUGCUGUCUAUAUUUAGGAAUUACCAGACAGUAAAAAAUGUAUAGACUUGGGAACAAAACAUUCAGCAUGUAGUUUUAUGGAAACACUAAUUUAUUGUGGCUUUGUCUUACUCGGUACAUCUUUUAUAAGAUACCAUUUUGCUUUUUAUUUAAUGUAAAUCCUGAAGUGUUUCAUUUAUAAUGGCAACUGACGUUUACCAGUUUCCCUCUUGCCUUCCUUCUUUAAUGGAUGGGGUUAUUACCUUAACCGCUUGCCAUGGAUGUACUGUAACUUUUUGGUUUGCGUAUUUGUUGCCUAACAUUUUAAAGUGCAUGUCAGAAAAGAUCCUCAGUACUCAUCAGGUCCUUUGUUCCAGACUAUCAGUGAAGCCAGUUAGUGGGUGAUUUGGGAUGUAGACUUUGUGGCCUUGUUGUGUGUGGUUUGUUCUCUGAGCCACCAGUUUGCAGUGCCUCGGGUUGGAUGCAUUUGUCAUCCAAUGGUUGGUUUGCUUCACAACUCUAGCCUCUUUGCCUCUUCCACUCUAAUGCUCAGCAAGGUAAGUGUUUCCAGCCAGCCUCCUUACCAUGUCCAUUCUUCACAGUUUCUACACUGUCACCCACCUCUUUUUUUCUUCUACAGUAAUAUUUUGAGAAUCAAGAUUAAUGUUUGGUUUUAUCCUGUGUUUACUUAGCAACCCAACCAAAUGAGUUAGUUGCUUCCAAUAAACUUACUUUCCUCCCUUCCUGAACUUUAGCUGGACCUUUUAAGAAUUCAGACCAGUCCCUAACAGCGUAAUUAUAUAUGGCCGAGUCAAAAUAGUAACACCUUAUUCUCUACAGGGUAAUGGAUAACGUGAGAGGAGUCAAAGGAUAUUAGACAAAGAAGGGAAGUUUUUUUAAGGUGAAAUUUGACUGAGUGUGUGUGUGUCUGAAAGUAGCAUCUCUGAUAGUUAAAUUGAAAUCCUUAAAAAUAAUAAUAAUAAAAAAAAAAUCCUACCAGCCUGGAUUAGAGGAUCUGAUUUGCAGAAUAUAACCUACAGUUAACAUUAGAUUUUUUUUUUUGCUGUGAAGGCAUCUAGUGAAGAAAAGAUGGAUCCUGGGGCCUUUUUUUGCCUUAUUACUUUUGCAGUCUUAUGCAGAGCAUAUUAUUCCAAAUCAAUUUAAUUUCUUUGUGAUCAUGUACAGUCUUUUUAUGUGAUCAUUUGUGAUUUUUCUGUUGCAACUACCAUGUUGAGUAGUUAUAAUAUUUCAGUGUCUGACCUAUUGGUACAAUAGUAAUGGAUUAAUAUUCAUUGCUUAAAAAGGAGAGACUAUUUUCCCUCCGAGUACAAAAUAAGAAAAGAUAGCAAAAGCCAGAUGGUGGUGGGGGGGACGGCACUUUAGCAGCUCUACAUCCUUUUGCUGAUCUGUUGCACAAUGUAUUUCUAAACUGGUGAAAGAAAUUAAAAAGUUACCUGAAUUACCACAAGAGCAAAUACUUUGUUUGGUGUAGUAAAAACAUUACUACAAAACCCCACUUUGCUUUAAAUUGCUGAUCCAGCAGCUCAUGUCUUCAGUCAUAAAUCUGAUGGCUUUUGACUGUCCAGAAGCUCCAGAACACCAGUAUCAGCCCUUAUUUAUAAUGGAUAAAAGAACAAAGAACCACCAUUACUCUAGUUAAGUUAUGAGAUGAUAAUGCUAAUGUCACACCUAAAAAUUGCACCAACCACAAAAAUAACUUUUCAUAAACUUUCAGAUAGUAUCCUUAUAUGCCAUCCUUAUAUGUUAAAAAUUAGAAACUGGACCAAAUUUUGGUAGAAAGAAACCCCAAGUAGUAAGGAACAUUUUUGGUUUUUAAAUAUUGGAAGCUUAUUUUAAAAUAGCUUGAAAGUGUAUCCUUUGAUUAGGAUACUAAUAUAUUCCUUUCUGUUUAAAUUUGUUUUAUGUGGUGCUUGGAUUCUUUCGGGCCAUUUAUUCAAGUAUUCUUUUUGUCUAGAAUAAACUUUUAUCUUCUUCAUUUGCUUAUAUAUGUUUUUUCAAGAGCUUUUGCUUCUUUUGAUGUCUAGUGUUUUGGUAUUUGUUCUAUACAAAGCUGUAAUUAAUCCCUUUUAUAUUUUUAAAGACCUAAGAGCACAUGUUAAACAUGCAUUUUGCCCUGAAAUCUGUAGCUACAUUUACAGGAGGCUUGGGACUGUAUUUCCUUACAAUAUUGACCCCUUCAUUGACAACUUUGGCAAUACUGAAACUUCUGUAACUUCACUAACAUAUCAAAACUGGAACACUUAAGAUCAUCCUAGUUCCUUUUUAAGAGUUCACAAGAACAAAUACAUAGCUAAAUGUCAGCUAUUGUAGUAGUACUCAUUUUAGAAUGACAAUACUAAGGACAUGUACUAUUGUUUAUUGGCUUGUGCAUGUAAAUUCAGUGCGUUUUGUUGACACUGUAUGUUAAACUGUUGUACUGCAACCAAUGUUUUUAACAAAAAGUAAUGAACUAAAAGAUCUUUAAAGAAGCUAUUUGUGGCUUUUUUUUUUUUUUUGUUAAACUGUUUAACUGACUGUAAGGAAAAAUAUGGUGGGCAUAUGAUGCAUUCUUAGAAAUACUGAAUGUUAGACAAGUGGUUGACUAGGAUGCUACUGAGAUGACUACCUAAUUUGGGUAAGUAGGGAGCCUGAGUGCCAUCCUGACCCCACUGAAAUCAGUGGCAACAGUUUUAAUUAGGUCAGGGAUUACUCUCUAUGGGGAAUGGCUUAUCGAAGCUUACAGGACUUGUGUUUGGAUGGUACAGUGGGUGAAUACGGUGCCUGCCUGAUCCAGAAGGGAGGAUUUUUUUCCUAGUCAAUAUCCUGACUCUUCCAGCACUUUCCUUUUUUAAUACAUGGGUGAAUAUUAUCCCGGGGCGCUGGUUCUGGUUUUUUAGAAACAGAAUAAAAAAGACAAGUAGGUAAGAGUAGAACUACCAAGUUUGAGAGACCUUGUUCUUACUCUGUUUAAUUCUGUCAGUGUUGUCCUGUAUUUAAAGUGGGCCUUCCAUGUUAAGGGCCUGGGCAACAUUAAAUUAUUUUUAUUCUGAAGUGGUAUGUUUCUAACUGUAACUUCAAUUUAAAUAAUGUGUUUUAACAAAUGAUUCACAAACUUACUGCAUAUUGAGUUACUACCUGUGGUUCUGUUGCUCGUGGCGGAUAUACAGAAGCGGCUGAAAAACAAGUACAGAACAUGCAUCUGGAUAGCAUCGUUUCUCCAAUCUCAUCUCUCAGUAUUUUCUCACUUACAUUAUUUUACAUGAAUUGUUUUGUUUAGACAACAUAUUUAUCUUCAAUUAAACUAUUUGGCUUUCUGCAACCUUUUGAUCGACA